UCAUUAUUUCUUUCCAGAGAAGAAAAUAUGUUUGAUAGUUUUGGACUCAUUUGCAUGAUUUGGUGGUGUGUGAUGCUCUUUCAUCCCUUGCACGCUGACAUCCAGUGUAUGGAGUCAGAAGCACAAAAAUCACCUAUUACAAAUGUGAAUGUGGACUGGAGAAAAAUGGAACUGUCCUGGGAGAGCAGCAAGAAUUUUUCUAUGUAUAAAUGUACCAUUAUGGACUGGGACAUGGAAAGCAUAGAGAAAGAGGUGAAUAGCCCACCAUGCAGGUUUCCAGUGGAAUUAUACAUGCCUCUGCACAAAGGGGUAUUCUUUAUCAUUGACGUGCCAAACACAAACAUCUCAAAAAAAUGCACCUUUCUCCCUGGAGGUGUGAAUGGGUCAGCCAUUGAAAAUUUCUCCUGUGUGAUUUAUAACAUUUGCCUCAUGAACUGCACUUGGCAGGCAGGAAGGGGUGCUCCAGCAGAUACACAGUAUUUUCUCUACUGGCAGAACUCAGGAGAUGAUGGGGAGAUGGAAUGUGAGCUUUACAUUAAAGAUGAAGAUGGCAGAAACAUGGGAUGUAGAUUCCAAAAUGUGAGGAUAAUCGGAAAAGCUUACUUCGUGGUGAAUGGAUCUAGCAAAGACUCCCUGAUCCAGUUCUAUGAUGAGUAUAUUGAACUGUAUAAUAUUGAAAUACUCACUGCUCCAUUAAAUGUCACUGCCCAUUGUACUGGAGAUGCAGCGGGUUGCAUAAUUACAUGGCAUCCACCCCUUACAAGUCAUGUGAAAAAAAUAAAGUGUUUUCAAUAUGAAAUUAACAUACAAAAUAAGGAUGAGCCCAAAGAAGAGAAAAUAGUUGUAAAGAAUGACAGAUACGAAUUCCAAAAUUACAAUGAGAAAAACCGAUAUAUUCUGAAAAUCAGAGCACGUGGAACAAAAUGUCUCGUAAGCUCAAAGUGGGGGGAAUGGAGUGAACCCAUUGAGUUUGGUCAAGGGAAAGAUUACUUUAUUUUUGUGAUUUUAUUUCUAAUAGCACUUGGAACAAUCUCAGUGACAGUGCUCCUAUAUUGUCUUUUCAAAAGGUAUUGCAGUUUCAAGAACAUAUUUCCUCCUAUACCACAACCGAGAGACAAAUUUAAUUCAUUAACCAAUGAAGAUAUCCAGACAGAAUAUGUAAAUCUACCGUCAAAAAGUCAUACCGAGGAAGUAACUACGGUUGAAGAGAUGACCCAACUUUCCAAGAAGAAAAUACACUGAUUCCCCCAACACAAAAUAAAAGCACGGAUCCUGCUGACAAGUACUUCAAACCAGCCUAUAAAAGAAUAUAAUUGCCUAUAACACUGUUUGUCCCAUAAAAAUCCACUUAAAUGCAGCAGGCGAAACAAGUG